AUGGUGACCAGGGGACUCUGGAACUUGCAUGCCGACGGGAAAUGGUACCGUUGGUUCCACCCUCCCCGUGGACAAUCUUCAUCCCCAGACUCGCCAACAACACUGACUACUAUUCGAAAAAUUCUUUCAAGAUCCGACACAUUCAAAUGGGAUACUGUCCCAUUUCCGACACCACUUCAUAUUGAGCUCGACUAUGUCUAUAGCAUUGAUGAAGAUGCUGGUUAUUUUACAGUCACCCAGUGGACAGGCGAGGAUGGAACUCUAUACCCGCAAACCCGCCGGGCGACAUUGGACUCCAUCCGAGAGACAUCGCUCGAAACAAUAGAAUCACUCCUUGAAGAAGUUGUGGAGAUGCCUGAGCACAACGAUCACGAGCUGAGUGACGAAACCGAUGUGCAACAUCUAUUGAAAUCAUUCCAAAUCAAACCCAAUAUCCCCGCCCAGCUAAACGAGCUACAAUUCCAGCUCUUUACAGACUUUGUUUUCAUAUGGCGGUUCUAUUUUGACGGUACCCCUACCUGGGAAAACUCGUUUCCAACUUUCGCCGCCCUUGCUAUUGGACUAUUGCGCAUCGCAGCAUGGGACUUCGAGGUCAGAAACACGGAUACUGAGGACCUGCCGACCACAUUCUCGUCUCUUCCAGAUUGGAAGUCACCUGUCGACGACAUAUUCUGGUUCCACAACUAUCUGAUCGUGUGCUGCAAUACCGAUCAAAUUGGCACUUCUGUGGCUACAAAAGCAAAUGAUUUUGCAUCCCGCAGUAACAGCCACGCAAAGACUGUCCAUGGGAUAGCCAUUUCAAUACGGCAUAUUGCUCUUUUCGAGAUUCGCAAUGGCGAUAUACUUCAAUCUCCCCCUAUCCCCCCUUGUUACCAAUACUUCAGCAUUGCAUUGCUCCCCGGAUUCAGGAUACUAGCUUAUAUAUUCACCUCAAAUUGCUGGAACGGAACUUCGGCGGACUCCAGAGAGUCUUGGGGAGUUACAAUACCCACGGAACUUUUCGACAUGAUCCUUAAGGCAUGUGCACCGAGGGAUCUGGUCUCAAUGGCACAGGCGUCUUCUUUAGUCGAGAAAUGGUAUUACUCUUCCAUUCCCCAAAUCUGUGGCAUCAGCAUACACAACUUCGCCCUCUCAAUACCAUGUUGCGGCAAACUACAUCUAUCGGAUGCCCCCCGGGGUUUACUGCUCGCUCUGUUGUGCCUGGUCACAUAUGGAAUGUACAGGCCUGUCCCCUAA